CUGAAGAGCAAACAGUCUCUCUCCCUUUCUCUCUCGCUCUCGCUCACCCACUCUCCUCUCCCUCCCAUCCACACGAGCACACCAAUACAGUAUAUCAGCUAGCGACUGGCAGGGAAACAGAGGGGAGAGCAGAAAUGAAUGUGAAGAUCUUGACGCUGGUGAUUGUGCUGGUGGUUUCUCUGCUGUGUUCAGCCAGUGCUGGUCCAAUGGCCUCCACCGAGCAUAGCAAAGAGCUGGAGGAGGUGGGCAGCAUGAGGACUCCUUUGCGGCAGAAUCCUGCUCGAGCCGGCCGGAGCCAAAGACCUUCUGGCUGGAGGAGGAGACGCCCUCGACCCCGCCUCUCCCAUAAGGGGCCCAUGCCAUUUUAGAGCAAGGCACAGCUUAGAGUGCCCUCCCCCUUGGUUCUGAUUUCUAUGCUCUUCCUUUGCCUUGGGGGGCCUUGCAACAAGGGGCCUUUGCUAGCCCAGCCUGAAGAGUGAUGUCCAUAGCACCUGCUGGUUCUUCAAGCAACUCUUCUUCUGUCCACAAAAAAUCCAGGACAAGUCACUCACCCUCAGCUCUGCGAAGAAUUGUGGGCCGGGAACGGGGGUGGGGGGUAUUGAGCCCGAGCUAUCAGAUUCUGUCUCUCUCUGUCUGUCUCUCUCCUCCUGUGGUUUUCCUCAUUUGCUUUCUAGAGCCCUUUCAUGGCCACACUUUGCAUGAUGUGUGAGCAGUGGGGAGCCUGGUCCAAACAGUUAUAGUCCGAAAGCGUCAGUUUCUUCUCCGAGGUGUGCUAGUCCCAUUCUCUCCAGCGUGAAGGUGACCACAGCGCUUUGUCCCAUUGCUACGUUUUGGCAACUCUUGGCUUAUAAGUGGUGUUCAUGAGAGAAGAAAGUGGCAGGGAAACUAAAGUAAAGGAACAACUAAAUGCUCAGGCCCAUUAUGGACAGGUCAGCAACUAUUUUUCAUCUUGCACAAUUUUACCAUCUGCCUACAACAAAUCAAUUAUCAGAAAUAGUUUAUUCUAAAAACCUGACAAUGCAAAAAAAUGGUUUUAAUGAGAUAAAUUCAAUUUAACUCAUCAAGUUUUGACACCAAGAUGUUAACACACGCAUCCAGAAUGCUGAUUGCAAUGUAAAUGCAAUCAGUGUUUUCUGAUUCAGUUAUAAUUACUGAUUACACAAUUACCUCUAAAAAUGUUGAAUGAAUAUAUAAUUCAUCGGCACAUCUAUUUAAAACAGCUUGAUUACAUCUCAUAGUGCUGUCCAAUGGUCAAUACACAUCAUCCUACCAAUGAGCCUAAGAGUUGUCAGCCAUCUGAAGCUUAAGGAUAAAGCCACAGUGUCUCAUUAUCCAAAUCACACUCCACUUCCAUGAGCGAGAGAUCAUCGUCCUGAGCCCUCUUCUCCUCCCCCAUGACACACACUGCUUUACAGCAGAGAUACAUGACUGUUAACUGGCCAGGGUGAGCUGCUUCACACGGCGGACCAUCUCUCUUUUUAUUGAAGUGCCAAAUAGCAAAUCUACUCCACAGUGCUGCCAGGAGAAGAAAAGUAAACAUGUUACCUCUUAUCUUGGGGGAAGCAUAACAUCUAACCAUAUGCACGCAUUUUGCCAUUUGUUUGAACAUCCAAUGUAAAGGCAAUGGUAGCAUGGUUUGAAGACAUUAGACCAAAAAAAAAAAAAGAAAGAAAUUUCCUAACAGAGCUGAUGAUUUUCCCCUUGACUCUAUGCCUUUAUUUGACAUCAUACUGGAAAUUAUUUCCCAUUCUUUUGUUGUUAUUUUUGUUAUAUUUCAGUUAAUUUCUCAGGGUGCUGUGACAGAAGCCUGUAUGGUCUAUAUUACAUGCAUUUAUUUAAGAAACACACAUUAUUUGUAUCCACACCAUUUAGCUUCAUGCUUAUGUAUCCAUCACUUUUUAGCUACAUAUCCAGACGACAUUUUUACAAGCCAUUAUUGUUUUCUCCCCAUUGGGAGCAGUUGCCUUUUGAGUUUGAGCCUCUUUGGCACAGGUGGCCACAGCCUGGUUACUAAACCCCAUUGCUAAUCGGUUUUAGAUUGGAAUCACUAAAAUCUCCUUCAAGUCUGAUAGCGCUCACAAGACAAAUUGGCAUAGAAUGACCACACCACCUUAGCGUUCAACCGAUUUAUGAUGUAAUAAUCUAUAAAAAUGAGCAACCCUUGGUUUAGGCAUCGUCAAACCCUCAUAACUUUUAGCAAGACACAAAUUAUGAGGCCGAGAUGAGAGGCUUUUAUGAGACUGUUAGCUAUACUCAUAAUUCUGAUGCUUGAUUAGACAAUGCAGCAAGUUAUUAGCAUUUGAGUCCCUCCCCCAUUUUCCUGUUCGGCGUUUGUCUGUAGUUAUGAAAAAAGAGAGCUUUUGCGUAUAUCCACAAACACCGCCUUGCGGCAAAAUCAGCUCUUCAUAAGAGAGUGCCUAAAAUCCUACAUCGGUAAAACACCCAGCCAAGCUCACCUCGAUUAAAAAUGUAUUGAAUCUUAGGGCACUGUGAAUACUAAUAAUUCCAGUCACGCCAUGAUUAUUUUAUACCCUCUCAGACAAAGAUGGGGAUUUCAUUAACACUUUCUCAGAAUGCUCCUGAGAGCUCUGCUUCAUGGAGGAGUAGGUCAGAACGCAGAGAAGAUGUAAGUUUGGGCGACUGAGUUGCAGUACACUUCAUCUGAAGAGUCUGUUGGUGCAGAGUAAUGCCUGUAUCCAUACUGUUUUUCAUGAAUGUAUCUUCACCAUCCUCACCAGAGCUGAGCUGAGGGCCGUCGAGCAGUGUUUCAGUUCAGUUCAAGCCUUGAAUCUUGAAAAACUAGCCUGUCACUGCUACAUACGACAACCGACCCCAAUCCCCCUUCCCACCAAUGGAGAUGGUUAUCUGUUUCAUCAAACAUCCAAAGACAAAUAUGACAAAAUCCAAAGCUUGCUAUAGCAGAGACCCCUAUCAAUCACUUGGCUUUCCUCCAACACCUCUCUGUAUGGACAUGCAAGGCUGCACUUUUGCAAUUCCAUUAUGCUGCUGGAAAAGUAAAUCCUGAAAACAAGUCUUUUGGCAUGUAAUGGUUUUCCAGUGUCUUGUGACAAUUAAAUUGACUGAUUCUUGUCUAGCUGGUUGUCCAAAGCCUACUUUUCAAUAGAGUGUGGAAAGCUGUAUUUUUAUUUUUGUGUGUAUGGUCAUAUAAAAGUGUAGAAAAAGUAGUCUGCUGCACAAUAUGUUGUGGACACAAAAGAGCUUUCUCACCCUCCUCUGCCGUCAAACUGGGUCCGUCGUCCCCGUCAGCACAUCAGGUUAACGGAGCCUGCGGCAUCAAGAGAACAAGCAUGUCCAGACUCAAAACUGAAGUGGCAAACACACACAUUAAACUUACAGAGCACAAAUAAUUUUCUAUUAAUGUUUUUCUCUCUCACGAGAAACUCAUUCCUACUCUAACACGUGUUUCUGCCCAUCUUAAGUCCUAUGCACUUGUACGCACGUUCCACUUAAUCAUUCAGAGGUCUUUAGAGGUCUACAGACCUUUGCAUGGGAGAAAGGGAUCCAGAAGCUGUUUGUAUGUUAAAAACAGAGCUGUGAUGAUUGAAACGUUCCCUUAGAGUCCCCUCGGGUCUUAAUCGUUUAGCAAGGACAUAUAAAAGCAACGGAUACAAUACAAAACUCCUGUUUGCCCUUGUGAUUCAUAGCAAUACAUUCAUUAGGGGACACUGUUUUGCUUCUAUAUUUGACACCGAAAGAGAAAACGCCCAUUUGGCCACUUGUUUUCCAUUAGAUCGUCACGGUGCAUGUAAAAUGUGGUGACCAGAUCGAAUAACUGAAAUCCAAUCCUACAGUUCACAAAUGUCCACCAACUGGUUGGGACGCGAAGAAUGAUCUGAUUAUUCUGUUGCUUCGAACAAGACUUAACACC